CGUAAUUGCUGUCACUCUGGUGCUCCACCGUGCAGAUCUGCAAGAGGUACACAAGCAAGCCUGGGCGCGCACGGCCUCUCGGCCGCAGUCCAACUUCUCCAGCCCGGGCGCGCACUCCCGUCCGGCGCGCGCUCCCGCUCACCUCGUCGCCGUCGCCCCCCACACCGCUUUCCUUUCAUUCUCCCGCUCCUAGGCCGAAGUGUGGAAGUUGCAUCCCGGACAGCCCCGGCUGCGCUGCUGAAAAGCUACCAGCCAGAGCUCGCCAGAGCCUCCCGCUGCGUUCCCCGUUAGAGACCGCCCGGGACCCGGUGCUGACAUUCACGGCGACCCGCUUCUCCGCUGCCCUAGUUGUGGCUCCUCUGCACCCCCAAGGUCUGGGGUCGUGGUGUGUUGUCCGCGCACCGGGGGUCUGCACGCCUGGGGCCUGGACUCCCUUCAGAGACUCACACUGAGUGGUGGGCCCUGUGAAGGGCAAAGGAUGGCGGUCAUUGACUUCACUCCUGCUCUUUUCAUUUUUGUUACAUGGUGAGAGAAUCGUAGGAAACAACUGUCCCUCUCUGUGGGAAGUAACUGCCAUGACUUACCAAGACAAGGAGUAAUCCCCGGUGAUCACAAGAUGAUUCAGGAUGGAUCCUGAAGCUGCCCGGCUGGAGAAACAGCAUGUGCAUGACGUGUACCAGAGCACCGCCCCCUACUUCAGCGACCUGCAAAGCAAAGCCUGGCCACGUGUCCGCCAAUUCCUGCAGGACCAGAAGCCAGGCAGCCUCAUCGCUGACAUUGGUUGUGGAACUGGAAAGUACCUUAAAGUGAAUAGCCGAGUACAUACCCUGGGCUGUGACUACUGUGGGCCUCUGGUAGAGAUUGCCCGGAAUAGAGGGUGUGAAGUCAUGGUAUGUGACAACCUUAACCUCCCCUUUAGGGACCAGGGCUUCGAUGCUAUCAUCUCCAUAGGAGUCAUACAUCAUUUUUCUACAAAACAAAGAAGAAUUAGAGCAAUAAAGGAAAUGGCCAGGAUCUUGGCUCCCGGAGGCCAGCUGAUGAUUUACGUUUGGGCAAUGGAACAGAAGAGCCGACGCUUCGAGAAGCAGGACGUGCUGGUGCCGUGGAACAAGGCACUCUGCUCUCGGCUGCUUUCAGAAUCCCACCAGUCCUGGGGGCAUCAGUGUGAGCAUGCCACGAACCAAGGCUACCAGGGCCCUGGCUCCGCGUGCGGCUGCGCAGUGUGUUCUAAGGGCAGAUGCGAUUCCAAGCGGUCUCACAGCAUAGACUGUGGGCCUGCGGCGGCUGGGACAUGCUGUGAAGCUAUCGCGAAGGAAGGCAGGGAAGAGAACGGACUGUAUAACAAUUUUGGAAAAUCUUUUCGCUCCUGGUUUUUCUCCAGGUCUUUGGAUGAGUCAACCCUAAGGAAGCAAAUUGAAAGAGUCAGGCCAGUGAAAACCCCAGAGAGUUGGGGCAAUAGAGCCGUGUCCCGCCAGCCUUCCAGACACCCCAGUUUAGAACCUCAUCCUCAGGAGCCGUUUUCAAUUAAAGGCACGGACUUAGAUGAGGUGUUUGCGGACACAUCUUCACAAAGACACUUGGGCUGGGUGCGGGCACCAGGCACGUCAGAGAACGUAAGCAGACACAAGGGGGGAGGGGACAGGGGGAAGCAGGAGGCCGAUUUUCUGGACGUGACUGAUACCAGGGAUGGCGUGGCUGAAGGUAACGUCAGUGAUCCUUCUGCCAGAAAAAUAUUAAGGAGGGUUUCUGCAUUUGACUCUAUGGAUUCCAACCCAGAAGACUUAAACUUUGAAGAGGAGCAGCGAGACGCCCCAGAUUCCAGAGACUUCAUGCGCUACUACCACGUGUUCCGGGAAGGCGAGCUGUCCAGCCUGCUGCAGGAGAGUGUGGCGGAGCUGCAGGUUCUGAGCUCCGGCAACGACCAUGGCAACUGGUGCAUCAUCGCGGAGAAAAAGAGGAGCUGGGAUUGA